AUGGGAGAAACCGAUAGGGAUGAUUAUGAGAUGAUGUCCAACAACCAAUGGCUCACAGCACUCCAUCCAGUGUUGAUGAUGAUGAAACCGACUCUUGAUGGACAUGAAGAUGUCAACAAACAAAUAGGUUUAUCUCCAGGUGUCCAUACAAAGCGGUUGUCAAUUUUAAGAGAUAUCCAAGCAAGAAAAAGGAAAGCAAUUAGUGUCACACGGAAAGAAAAAAUCAGACGGAUCCAGCUGAGAAACAGACCGAGACGGCAAUCACGUGACUCACACAUCACUCAAAUAGCUGCUGUCAGUGGGGACAAUCAUUGGAGCUGUUACGUAACUCCAAAGAUUCCAAUAACAAAUCAAGCUAUUGAUAUUAAUGGCAUUAAAGUUAGAAAUGGCAGAGUGUUUCAUCAAGGAACACCUGUUGACUCUCUUUCUAUUACUAAGGCCAUGGAAGAUUUUAUCAAAGGAGAAGGUGAUAUUAUAUACCUUGGAGGUCAUAACAUUAAAACAUUUGAUUGCCAUGUUCUGAUCAAUACUUUAAAAUGUAUUGGAAAAUCCAACAUUCUAAAUACACAUGUUCAAGGAUUUUUGGACACCAGACUUCUCUUCAAAAUUAAUAACCCAGAACUCAAAUCUUUCUCACAAAUAAAUUUACUCAAAACUCUACUGAACUGUGAUUAUGCUGCACACGAUGCACUACAGGAUCGCAGUGAUGUUAAGUGCGAUGUGACAUUCCUUCAAAAACUUAUGGAAUCCUCCAAAAUUGACUAUACUGAUGCCAAAUUUUCUUCUGCAACUUUUACUGUUCCAGCAGCAUUCCAUUCCUUUGACCAAUCAGCUUCAUGCAAGUUAAAUCUACCUACACUACUGGAAUUUGUUGACAAUAAGGUGUUGAGCAUUGGAAUGGCACGGAGAAUUGCAGCUUCGAACCUUAAUAAGGCUUCACUUCUUAUAGCAUUUUCAAGAGGUCAGGAGAAUGGAUUACAACAACUUUUUUCUGAGGAAUGUGGCAAAGAACCAAGAGUAACAAGAUCUUCUAAAAUAAUUCAUGCUGUUUCCAAGUAUAUUUCAGAACACUUAAUUGAAAGUUAAUUUACUAUAACUACAUAUGUAUUUACAAUCAACUUAUUCAUUCACUGUAACAGACUGAUGUUAUAAAUAUUUUGUGUUUGUCAAUCUUUGUAAAA